AUGGGUAUCGAAGAAAAAAUAAAGGAAAUUGAAAAAGAAAUAUCAAGAACACAAAAAAAUAAAGCUACUGAGAAUCAUCUUGGUAUGCUUAGAUCAAAAUUGGUUCGUCUUCAGAAAAUGUUGGCUCAAGAAAAGGCCAAAGCUCCAGUUAUUAAUGAAGAACCUAAAGUUGAAGAGGAAGAUAAGCUUAAAGAUAUUCAAAUUAAUAUUAGUGGUGUAAAAAAUAGAUUUUCAUCUCUGGAUAUUCUUGCUAUAAUUCAUGAUCUAAAAACAUUAAAAGGAAUGCGUGUUAUAAAUGUCUAUGACAUUGAUUCAAAGACAUAUCUUAUAAAGCUUCAUAAGCCUGAUGGUAAAGCUGUUAUUUUGUUUGAAAGUGGUAUUAGAAUACAUAAAACUCAAUAUGAUUGGCCAAAACAAAUGUUUCCGUCAUCAUUUUCAAUGAAAUUUCGUAAACAUAUUAGGCAAAAAAGAUUGGAGGAUGUCAGACAAAUAGGUUUAGAUAGGGUUGUUGAUUUAAGAUUUGGGGACGAAGAUCGUGCUUGCCAUGUAAUCAUUGAGUUGUAUGAUAGGGGUAAUGUUCUUUUAACUGAUCAUAACUAUACAAUCUUAAAUAUUCUUAGACCAAGAACAGAUAAAGAUCAAGAUGUUAGAUAUGCUGUCAGAGAGAGAUAUCCAUUAGAACUUGCUCAAUAUAAAAAAAAAAUUCCUAACACCGUUGAUAUGAUUGAAGCUUUAAUGAAAGCAAAGAAAGGAUCCCAGACAAAAAGAAUAAUUUCUCCAUUGACAAAUUUUGGUCCUGCUUUAAUUGAACAUGCAUUAAUUUUACAGGGAUUUCCUCCAAAUUCUCAGAUUGGUGUUCAUUUAGAAGCAAAUGAGAAUGAUGCAACUAAAAUUUAUAGAGCAAUUUUAUAUGCUUUAGAUGAAUUUGAUAAAAUCAAAGAUUCUCCUUCAAAAGGUUACAUAACAUAUCAAAAUAUCAAAAAAAUUGAUGGUAGUGAUAUGGAAAAAUUUAUCGAAUAUCAUCCAAUGAAAUUUUCUCAAUUUACAGGAGAAAAUAGUAAAGUAUUAGUUAAGGAAUAUAAUGAAUUUAGUGAAGCUGUGGAUGAAUUUUAUUCAAAAUUAGAUAGUCAAAAAAGUGAGAAACGUGCUUUACAGAUUGAGAAAGAUGCUUUAAAAAAAGUUGAAAAUGUAAAAAAAGAUCAUGAAGAGAGAUUAAAAAAUUUAGUUAUAUCACAAGCUUCUAAAAAAGAAAAAGCUGAGAGAAUUGAAAUUAAUGUUGAGUUAAUUGAUCAAGCUUUACUUGUUAUUCAAUCAGCUAUAGCAAAUCAAAUGUCUUGGGAAGAUAUAGAAGAAAUGACUAAACAGGGCCAAGAACAAGGAAAUGAGAUUGCAAAGUCUAUUGUAGGAUUUGAUUUAAAAAAUAAUAAAAUUAUUAUGAGAUUACCAGAUAAUUUUGAUCCAGAUAAUCAACCAAUGAAUAUAGCUAUUGAUAUUAAUUUAACUGCCAACCAAAAUGCUCGAGAAUAUUAUACUGAUAAAAAACUUGCUGCAGUUAAAGAAACAAAAACAUUACAAGCUUCUGAGAAAGCCAUUAAAUCUGCUCAUGUUAAAGCACAACAAACAUUAAAUCAAGUUAAGGCUAAUGUUGAAGUAUUAAGAAGUAAAAAAUCAUAUUGGUUUGAAAAGUUUUAUUGGUUCAUAUCUUCUGAGAAUUAUCUUAUUAUUGGUGGCAGAGAUGCUCAACAAAAUGAGCUCAUUGUUAAAAAAUACUUUCGACCAAGUGACAUUUAUGUUCAUGCUGAUUUACAUGGUGCCUCUUCAGUUGUCAUUAGAAAUCCAUAUCAUGGUAAAGAUAUACCACCCAAAACAUUAAAUGAAGCUGGAACAAUGGCUAUCUGUUAUUCAGCAGCAUGGGAAGCUAAAGUCGUUUCUAAUGCUUGGUGGGUAAGACAUGAUCAAGUAUCAAGAACAGCUCCAACUGGAGAAUACCUUCCAACGGGUUCUUUUAUGAUUAGAGGUAAAAAAAAUUAUUUACCUACUUCACAACUUGUAAUGGGUUUUGGAGUAAUAUUUAGAAUUGAUGAUGACUCAAUUGAAAGACAUAAAGAUGAUAGAAAAAAUAAUCUUUUAGAAAUUGAGGAAGAAUAUGUUGAUAAUGAUGAAGAAUUUCCAGAUGUUAAAGUAAAUAUAAAUUUAAAUGAAAAAAAAACUGAUGAUGAGUAUGUUGUCAUUCAACUUGGUCCAACAAAUUUAUCAAAGAAAAAAGAAUUAUCUGAAAGAGAAAAAUAUCUAAAAGAUAAAAAGAAAAAGGAACAAGAAAUUUUAAAAGCAAAAAAAGAAAAGAAAAAAGAACAUGGAGUUAAAGGGAAGAAAAAAAAUAAAAAGGGUAACAAAAAGGAGGAUGAAGAAUGGGAUAAACUGGAGAAAAAGGCAACAGAUAUUAUUAAAGAAGUUAUAGCAUUUCAAAGUCAUCCAGAAUCUGACAAGGAAGAUGAAGAUGACGGUAGUGACUACAGUGAAGAAAUCGUAACUGUAGAUGAAAUUAAAAAUUUGAAAAUAAAAGAUAAUGAAAAUGAUAAUGACAAAGAACAAAAUAAAAAAGAAUCUAAAGGAAGACAUGAAGAACCAGAAGAAGUUUCAGAUGACGAAGAUGAUGAAAAGAAAGAUGAUGACUUAUCAAUAAUUAACAUGCUUGUAGGAAAUCCACUUCCAGAAGAUGAACUUCUUGGAUCAUUAAUUGUAGUAGCACCUUAUCAAACACUUCAAAAUUAUAAAUAUCGUGUGAAAUUAACUCCAGGAACAGGUAAAAGAGGUAAAGCAGCAAAACAAGCAGUAGAUUUAUUCUUAAAAGAGAAAAACUCUUCAGCAGCUGAGAAGAAAUUAAUCAAAGUCUUACAAACAAAUGAAGAAGUAGCAAGAAAUAUUCCAGGAAAAGUAAAAGUUUCAGCACCCCAAUUAUUUGCCAAUAAGAAAUCUAAAUAG